AUGGAUUUUGGUACCCACAUGCGAAUGGGCCAUCCUCUUGUCUUCUCGUUGAUCAUUUUCUGUAGUAUCAUCGAGCUUUCAAUCUCAGCCUGGCUCACGUCGCGGUUUACUGCCCGCCACAACUACUUCAGUCUAGCUGAACGAGACCGCACUUGUUUUCUAUUGUUCACUUCAGCAUGGACGAUCGUAUUCUCCAGUCUCUACAUGUGUUUCUUUUAUCUUCCAGGCACUGUUUUAGGUAGUGUGAUAUCUCAUAUCUUCUCCCUAUUUCUAACAUGGAUUUUCUGGACCGCGGGUGCUACAAGUAUAACUACAGCUCUGAGUGGCGAGCUGAAUCGCAAUACCCCGAGCGUUUUCGCAUAUCCUGUUCAACUUAACGCGCUGCAAGGCUUUGCUUGGGUUACUGAGGCUCUUGUAACUUUCGCAUUACUAGCUGUGCUCAUCCGUGGCAUUAUCGCAGCCCGUCGAGGUGAUGGAAUACGUGGGUCCCUGAUUACUUGA